ACCCCCAUGAGAACAUCUUACUGAGCACUCUUGAGAUAAAAAAUGAAAUGGCCACUUCUGAAGCUGUGAUGGGACUUGGAGACCCCAGGAGCACAAUGCUGGCGUAUGAUGCCUCCAGCAUCCAGUAUCGGAAAGCCGGGUUACCCAGGCAUAGUUUUGGCCGAAAUGCUCUGGAACGACACGUGGCACAAAAGAAAAGUCGCCUGCGGAGACGCGCCUCCCAACUGAAAAUCACAAUCCCCGACUUGACUGACGUGAAUGCCAUAGAUCGGUGGUCCCGCAUCUUCUUCCCGGUGGUUUUUUCCUUCUUCAACAUCGUCUAUUGGCUUUAUUAUGUGAACUAAAACAUGGCCUCCUGUGGAAAGCAAGGAUGAGAUUCCUCCUCAAAACAGUUGUACAGACUGAUGUAGGACUUGGAAAACACAUCAAUCCAGGACAAAAGUGAUGCUAAAAUACCUUAGUUGCUGGCCUAUCCUGUGGUCCAUUUCAUACCAUUUGGGUUGCUUCUGCUAAGUAAGGGAUACACUAAGGUCCUUGUGGUUUUCCAGUUAAAAUGCAAAUGAUUUGCACACAUGCUGACAAGAUUGAGUUUGAAUGUUCCACUUUAAUCUGUGUAGUAUGCAGCCUACUCAGAGAGGGAUUGUUUAGAAGACAGUAUUAGAAGGCUCAAUAGCAUUGU